UUAUUUUGAAACCGGAAGCGCAGCAGAGUCGUCAGCAGCAGCAGUGAGCUGUCUGUCUGUCUGUCUGUGUGGAGAUGAGCGCACACCGGUGCCGGUUGCAGAGAGGCGUGCAGACAGACAGCAGCAGGAAGGACGUUUAUUAAACUCUGUCUUCUUUGUCAUGUUAAACACUCGGAUUCAUCCUCAGACUGUGUGACUGAUCUCAAGAAGAAGAAGAUGUUGACAGACAUGAUUGUGGAGCAGGAAUUUGAGAUCCAGGAGGAGGAACCGUGGUACGACAAGCAAGACCUUGAACAUGACCUGCAGCUGGCUGCCGAGCUCGGGAAGAGUCUCCUGGAGCGGAACAGGGAGCUGGAGCAAGGCCUGCAGCAGAUGUACUCCACCAACCAGGAGCAACUGCAGGAGAUCGAGUACCUGACAAAGCAGGUGGACCUCCUCCGGCAGGUCAAUGACCAGCACGCUAAAGUGUACGAGCAGCUGGACGUGUCGGCCCGAGAGCUGGAAACCAGCAACCGCAAACUGGUUCUGGACAACCGGACGGCGCAGCAGAAGAUCCAGGGGCUGAUGGAGACGGUGGAGCUGCUGCAGACGCAGGUGGAGGAGCUGCAGCAUCAGGUGGAAGAGCUGAAGCUGAGUCCUCCUCAACCUCUGAAGCCUCCGCACGGAGAGAAGUGGCCGCGCAGUGCUCAGAGUGUGUCCUGCCUGAAAGAGCUGCAAAACACACUCAGGUACGACUACGACGAACCCUCGGUCGACCUCGAGUCCUCUGACAUGUCGUGGCGCGAGGAGGAGCAGGCGUCGCUGCGACAAUCCCUCCGCAGCCUCCAGACUCAGUUCGCCAGCGAGCGAGCCCGGAGGGAAGAGUCGGAGCGAGAUGCCGAGAUGCUCGCCAGUGAAAAUGCAGCGCUGGAGCAGCAGCUGGCGGGGAUGGAGGGCUGUCAGGCCAGAGUGUCCGAGCUGGAGCGUGAGGCCGAGGAGCUUCGUCAGCUCUGGAAGUCAGAUUCCUGCACCAGAUCCACCAGGCCGGACGGCAUCCACAGUCUGCUGCCCAACUCCAUGUUCCUCAACCCGGAGGAGGAGAACGAGGGCGACGCUGCUGCACCCAAGAGCCCCUGGGUCCUGAAGCAAUGGGACAGCGAGCGGCUGAUGAAGGCCACGCAGAUGCCCGACUCCCCCGACUCCCCCAACAGGAUCUACGACCACGAGUGCUCCUGCGUGCGCCGGGCCGAGGUGGUGAAGUACCGUGGGAUCUCGCUGCUCAACGAGGUCGACGCUCAGUACAGUGCCUUGCAGGUGAAGUACGACGAGCUGCUGCAGCGCUGCCACCUGGGCCAGCAGGAUGAGCAGAACCAAGACUCGGUCCAGACUGCGUCUCUUGCUUGUCCUGCUCUGACAGACAUGGAGGACUUUGAGGGGGACUUUCACCAGCCGGAGUACAAGGAACUUUUCAGGGAGAUUUUCUCCCGCAUUCAGAAAACCAAAGAGGACCUGAUUGACAACCGAGGGAGACCCUCAGCUGGUGAAGUGCUGCCUAUCGUGCAUUAGCAGCUUCUCAAUAAAAAAAACACCUGCUGCAAGAUUAAUUAUUUUGUCUUCCAGUUAAAGAGCGACUCUUUGGAAAGACUCUUACAGCAGCACAUGAAGCUAGCUACACUUUACUGUAUGUUAUUUGCCCAGAAAUGGUGAUCGCCAUGCAAAAGGGGUUAAGAGAUGAGAGUGAUGCAGGAACAACAAGGCCAAACACCAGCAGCUCAUGUCUCACAUGUAGCUCAUUUUGCACAGAAACACCAGUGCCUAACGCCGCCGUCUCUACUGUGCACUCACUCUACCUCACUUUGCACAAACAAGCUCCCGAGGGAAUCAUUUCUGGGUCUUCCUCUCAUGAGCUGUAUCGGUAACACUUUAUUCUACGGGUCCAAUAGUUUCCUAGAAAGACGUAAAUCCACAGAAAGCUUCCUGGAAAAGAUGUAAAGAUGUAAUUUGGUGCUAAUUAUAGAGAAAAUGGAGGCUUUGUUCAACUGGUUCUCUUCCAAUUAAACAAUUUCAAUUAAUUGCUGGUGUAUCCUAAACAAUAUAACAAUUCAAUAUAUCUGGAAAAUCAAGUUUCCAAGUAAAUUUCUUUCAUUCAAGUCAAUUCCUCUGGAAAUCAAACUGACACUAAUGAUCGUUUCCAUUACUGAUUAUUAAAAAAAACUAAUUAGUCUAUAAAAUGCCAGAAAAUA